AUGUCUCAGCUAUCUCCAUUACCCCGUCGUUCCCGAGGCCGUCCCCCAAACUCCAAGAACCGACCAAAAGGCAAUCCGGCCUCCCGCGUGGAGGUGGUCGUGCGGUCAAGCUCGCAUUCGUCUCCAACCUAUAGGGAAUACAUUUGUUCGUGGAACGGUUGCAAUGCUAAGCUCCACAACUUUGACACCCUCAAAAAGCACGUGGCGAGAGUACAUUUACCUUUCAACAGCCAUGUCACUUACUGCCAGUGGUCGGGCUGCGCAGAAGCCGGAAACCACUUUGUUAGUGCUGUAGAACUGCAAGAGCAUGUAGAUAUCGUGCAUAUCUGCUCCUUGGCUUGGAAAUAUGGCGAGGGUCCCGCAACGAAAGGAUCUGGUGAGACCGGAAAUAAUGUCGCACACCCGAUAGUUAUUGUCUAA